GGACAUUUGACCUACUUUUCCCACCAUCAUGGAAAUUUCAGGUUACACACGAGAAAUGCUGUGGGAGGCAUCAAACGGACGAAUUUUUAAAAUGGAAUCCUGAAAUUUUAUUAUCUCAGUACUGAAAGUCAAUAUGUGGUACUAUUUAUGGAGCGUUUUUUACGUAAUCGUCUUGAUUUGGCUGAUCACAAGAUUGCUUGCCUGGUUGACACAGUGGCUGCUUCAGAGAUAUGGAGGAGUCCUGGUAAAAAUUGGCAGUGUGGGUCUCUUCAGCUGCAAGAAAGUCCAGAUUGUCAUCAAAAAAGGGCUGUCUGUGGAGAUAGAAAAGGCUUGGCUGUCAAGUGUGUUUUUUAACCAGGAUGUCAAGAAACCAGUGGUGAUAUGUAUCCAGGAUAUUCGAGUUCAAGCUGAUGUCCACCAUGAAGAACAGGGAUCCACCUCUCGACCACAGGAGAGGAAAUCUGUUGUAACCAAAUUAGCAUAUUACAGCCAGUUUAUAGGACUGAAAAUCAGCAACCUGACGGUAAUGCUGCUCAAUACCAUGAUACAGGACUGUCUGGUGCACGUGAAAAGUGAUUCUAUGAAUUUAGACAUCACUGUGACGGAAGGCUGUUACCAGGUGACAUUUGAUGUUGACAGUGUAAAAUGCCAGGCCUUGCGAAGUGCUCAGACAACAGAAAACACUGAGCCUUGCCUGGCUGAAGUAUCGUGGAAUUUGAUACACUUGAAAGCUGUUAUUGAAAGCAGCACAAAAAUCAAGUCAGCAAGACUUCUGAUUGAGAAACCACAAGCAAUGAUGACGGAAGCUUUCUUGACGAGUUUACAAGAUGUCCGCAGGUCUCGCCUUGCCAGUGCCUUAGCUAGAGAAGAGAGAUUGCCCAGGUCAGACCUUGCCACCAACAUUCCAGUAGAAAAAAUGAUUCCCAAUGAGUUAGGUGUAGAUGUGACGGAUUUACAUACUGUGAUAGUCAGAGAUAACAAACAAAGAACGCUUAGUAUAAGUUUGAAAAUGUUCCAUACAGAAUUCUUCAAAGGAAAGAGUUUACAGGAAGUUAAUACUAAUGGCAGUGAAGGAGCUGUCCUUAACAUUAUCGUAGAUGACUUUCAUACAAAAUCGCCACAAGCUAGAUUUGCUGAUUUACUAAAGAUGAAAAUCAAAUGCAAGUUAGGGCCGGAUUCCAUCAACAGCUCUCUUGCUGUGAAUGGGGGUUACUUCCAUUAUCAUCAUGAUGAAGUGCAAUAUUGGAGCAGUAUUGUUUCCCGUUUUUCUGAGGCACAAGCCACUCCCCAAAUGCCUGUGAUAUCCAACCAGUCCAUUGAACCGUCACUCUACAGGAAGAAAAUUCAGGACUUGAUGAGCAGUCGAGAGGUUGCCUGUGUUGUUAACCUGCAUGAUGUAUCUUCUGCCGUGUCGUCUGCUGUCUGUACUGGUCUCCAUGUUGGUGUUCAGUCCACCCAGUUUUCUUUUACUGUCUUUCCUGGAGUGACAGGGAGUGUGCCUCAGGACUUCUCCUGUCAGUUGGAGGUACAAACAGUCUACUGUCAGCCCAUGGAGAGUACAGUAACACCAGACACACUGAAUUCACAGUACCAUUACUGGGACCACCCCAUCUACACAGACAAACUACUGGUAAAAAUGAUGAAGUCCGGGAGUGAUGUAGAAGUGACUGCCACAUUGAUGAACGGACAAUUCGAAUGGUCCUCCAACACAAUUAAUGUUGUACUAAGCUUUCUCAGUUCCCUGCAAAGGUCUCGCUCUUACUCAGGGGAGAUAAUCCUUCCAAGCACUUCACACAGUGCUGAAAGAUCAGGAAAACUGUCUUGGAAAUUUCCUACAGAUUUGAAAACUACAGCAAAAUUUGAGGCAACUAACACUAAUUUGUUCAUCACAAAUAAUUACAAAGUGGGUUUAAUGCUGAGGAUUGACAAUGCCGUUAUUUGUAAACAGUCUUCACAGACGGACAUAGCCAUAGAGGGGGUCAAGGUCAUCCCCAUUCAACUCACAGCUCGGUUUAUGGAGUUGCAGCGCUCCAACAUGCUAAACAAACCUGCUCUCCACAUUCAGGAAGUGGCAAUGGUGCUUUCACAUACUCAGGAAACAUUAGACAUAAAAAUCAGGCAUUCUUUAUCUUGUCACUGGGAGACCAGCCACCACAUGUGUGUUAUACAGGCCCUAGAGGACACUAAGGAACUCACCACCAAACUCACAGAAUUUAAGAGAUCGGCCCCGGUCCUUAGGAAUUCCUCCGCUGGGUUUAGGACAAAGAUCAACAUAGCUAUCACAGCUAAAGCUUCUCUAACGCUGAAACUAGCACGUCACAGAACAAUAACUCUAACUGUCGGGGGUGUGGUGGUGAAGAGGUCGCAAGAGGAAGUCUUGAUGGAGAUAAAGAGUCUAGUCAUUCACUGUGAUAUGUAUAAAGUAUUCCAUAUUCAGGACAUCCUCUUUGCUUCCAUGGAUAAUUCUUUCUUGAAGAAAGAGAGGUCUGCUGUAGGGAAUCUUACGUUAGAAACAAAUCGUUCCUGGAAUAUCUCUUUUGAAAGUUUUAAAGUUCUCUUUCCAUUUAACUAUAACUUUGCAGAGUGCUUUGAAGAGUUUGUAAACUUGUUUAAGUGGUGGAAAUUGGUUCAUAAGAUUCAAAGGAAACCAUUCACUGUGGACAGUAAACUUCCACCUGAUCUUGUCAUCAAAGCCAAGUUAUUCAUGGUGCAACUAUGCGAUGACCCCUUCGAGGUCAAACUAGGAGACAAUUAUGACUUGCUGAAAGAUGAAUGUAAUGAAGGAAUCAAGCGGAGAAAAGUUUUAGACCAAAAAAUACAGGAAUCCAGAAGUCGCGUUAUUAUUCCAGCUGAUAAACUACAGGAGCUGUAUGCGUCCCUGGAUAAGAAAAGCAGUGAAAUUUACAUUCAGCGGUCGCGGCAACUUUACCAGCAGACACUGAUGAGACGUAGGCUGUUUACCUGGACAAUGGAGGACCUGGAAAUUAUAGCAUUGGCUGAUCUGUCAUUCCAUGGCAAAGACAAUGUGGUCAAACACAUGAAGGAAAUUGACACAGACAGUCCUUACCCGGCGGAGGGCCUGGAAUUUUUGACUCUGUGGUGUAGGAUGGUAAAUGUGGGCCUGAGUUCCUGGCUGGUUACAAUGAGAGACUACCCCCAGCCCUGGCUCGAUGUCAAGGACAUGCACCUGUGGGGGAGACUUAUUGGAGCAGAACAAGAGGGAUUAAAAAGAGCUAAGAGAUCCUGCACUGUGUCCGUGGGAGGUCCCUGGGGAGACAUGACAGUCGAAAGAAAUCUACCGGCUCUCAAAUUCUAUCAUGACUUCAGCUGUGAUAUACAGUCCUGGAUAAUGGCUUAUGGCUCAUGCUGGGAACCUGCUAUGGCACAGUUCAAUCUCUCCAUGGAUCUAGUGAACAAGCCCUCCGUGGAUCCUAGUUGGCCUCUUCCUUGGUGGGACAAAGUGCGCCUUCUUUUCCAUGGUCGGCUGACGAUGUCGGUUAAACAGAUGAGCUGGCUUUAUCAUGCGUCAUUAGACCCUUACAAUACAACAGAGUUGAUGGACUGGUCUUGGACUAACCUUAUUUUGGACUGGACAAAUGCUAGAUUUAGGCUGAGGGGAGACUUGGACAUUUAUGCAAGAACAGCUUCCAAGUAUGAUGACUGUAAACUGCUGCAUCUUCCUAACCUUAGUCUCAGGAUCCCACAUAGAUUGACUGGUUCAUGGGAAUCUGUAAACUCGUUCAUGGGAAUCCGUAAACGUGUGAAGUUGGGUUGGAUUAGCCUUGGCGGUGCUAAUGAUCAUCACUCCGUGAUGCCCUGUGCACCUGACAAAGUACCAGAGUAUUCUCUAGAGGAACAUGACUCUUUCCGAGCCUUCAGAUCUAAAAAUCUAAAUCUGGAAAUUUCCAUGGAUACAAAGCCAUUGCGAGAUAACACUCUCAAUUUGCCAAGCUGCCUGUUCUAUGCCAGCACUCUGAAGUUUCUAGAUAAAAUUGGGACAUGUUUAGCCUCAGUAACAAGACCAAUAAAGAGAGGAGCAAUUUUCAAGAAUACAAAACCCAAGAAAAUUCAGCUGACCCGACAUUACAAAACCAUCAAGCUUGAUGUAAACCUCCACCGAUUUAACAUCUGUUACUGGAUGUCCUUCUCCAAACAGCACGGACAAGAACUGUUAGCACACUCGUUCGUCCUUCACAGCUGUAACGAUCUGACCUUGGUCCCUAUAGUGGAUGGUCUGUUCCAUCGUCCAGCAGCUAACUGGUGUGUCCGCUAUCUCAGCUGUGACCUGACAGCCGCUAAAGUUUGGCUACAGAGUGCCAGGCAAACUGCAGACGAGUUGAAUGUUUCUCUGAGAAACCCAGUGGAGAAAAAGCUGUUCAUUACUGUUAGCAAGGUGACUUACAAGAGAUGCGACAUUACAACUCCAAAGACAGAGAGUGACUCGGAGGACGAUGAACCUGGCGUUACUAAGCAACAGUUAGAUUCACAGUUUGUCCACAACCUCCAUGUGUAUGGAAUGAAGGGAGCCUGGACUAAGCACAACAGGAAUGUUCUGAUUGGGUUGUAUGACAGCUACCAGAAGGCCCAGUCGCUGAGGAGGAACCUAGCAGCUGAUGCCCUCAAGGCUUUCAAAGUAGAGGAGGGUGCCUCCGCGCAGAAGAACAGAUCGUUCUCGAUGUCAGCUGGCCAUCCCGAGUCCCCUACACAGGACACCCCUCCCGCCAUUAACUAUCUCCAUAUACUGGAGAAACUAGUGGCCGAGUCGGACAGCAAGUCAGUCGUUUUUACUGAGGAGCCAUCAAGUUCUAACUUGGAGCAGCUACAUGGAAAAGCUGCUUGCAUGAGGGAAGAUGAUAUAAAAUGCCGGAAUUGGCUGAUUGAGUUACACAACAGUCAGGUGGUUCUGAAGGGGGUGGAGACUGAUGGUCAUGUGAUUGUCAGUGCCGCCAAAGCUGAAAUAAUGUCGUACGAGUACCAACCCGUUUGGCAAAAUCAGCAAGUCCACAGCAAGACUGCCUGGGUCAGCUCCAUUGAAUGCAUGCAAUACUAUGCCACAGUGGACCCAGGAAAUGACCUUGAGGAGGACUGUUAUCCGUGGCUGUCUCAGGAGAAUGUGGAAGAUCGCUGGGAGGAGGACCUCAGUGGGCUGCCCGAGAUGAUGUCCAGUGGGCAUAGUGUGGGCGGGAUUGUCUACAGCACCAUCCCUAACACCAAGAAACAAGUACAACUGCAGAGAAUAAUCUCCAGAUGCAAGUGUCAGAUAUUUUUUGCCAGUUAUGGAAAAGUUGGACCGGACAUAACACUAGCAAUUCCUCCACCACCAACAGACGAUUCCGACAUUGUGGCGUCAGAGGAAGCAGUGGACACGUUCACACUUCUGCAUCACGAUCUCAAUAUCUGCACCAACUUUCCCCAGUACCAAAUGAUUCUGGAUAUUGUCAAUAAUCUGCUGCUUCAUGUGGAACAAAAACAGAAGGAGACAACAGACAAACUACAAGACAUGAGAUUCCAGCUCCAGCUGUCUAAAACAGAGGACCAGAAAACCCCCAUACAGCAGACCCAGGAGAACCUCAGGGAACAGUGCUUGAAUCUUCGUAGACUUGAAAAAGAACUCUACCUCAUUCACAAAGGUCUGGACGAUGAUGAAGAUAAUGAAAUACUGAUGCAACAGAGCGAGGAGCUGGAACUACAGUUGUUUGAUCUCAAAGAGAAUAUUUAUGAUCUCAAUGAAGAACUCUCAAUGAGGAUAAGUUGUUUUAAAGAGAGCCAGCUUCAAGUUAAAGCAUUACAGAGGACUAUGAAGGCUCAGCAGGUACACGUGUCACGGAGAAAUGAGGUGUGUUUUAAAUUUGCCCAGUGGAGACUCACCCGUGAGGAUGGGCAAUUGGGCAUCACAGAUCUAAUGCUCAGGAACUUUGUAUACACAAAAGUGAACCGGGACAAUGACACAUGGACUCACCAGCUGGAGCUUGGCUGGGUCAAAAUGACCAAUCUGCUUCCCAACACUAUGUACAAGGAUGUCCUGGUUCCUCUGGUGUUGGGCAAAGAGAAUGACCUGAGACAGAUGGCCCUCAGAAUCAUAUGUAGUGAAAGACCACCUGUUGGAGGGAUUGCUGUGAAGGAGCAUUUCGAGGUGAAUGUGGUGCCUCUACAGAUUCAGAUGACCUACCAGUUUUACAAGACGGUCAUGGAAUUUUUCUUUCCAGAUAAAAACAUUGAAACAGAUGGCCAAGAUGGAGACUCGGAGAAAGCACUCCAUAAGAAGAAAGUUGAGAGAAAGCCCUCAGUAAAGAGAGACAGUGUGAAGAAGGCGAGCUCAUCACAUAACUUCGCAGAAAUUGAUAAAAUGAAGGAAAGAGCUUCUAACAACAACACGUUUGUGUAUGUGAAAAUCCCUGAAGUCUCACUUAGAGUCAGCUACAAGGGAGAGAAGGAAAAGAACAUAGCAGAUAUCCAUGAUUUCAGCAUUGUCCUUCCCACCAUGGAGUACCACAACCAGAUCUGGACCUGGUUUGACCUCCUCAUGGCCAUCAGAGGUGACACCAAGCGGGUCAUCCUGUCACAGGCAAUCAAGCAGAAACUGCACAUGAAGUCCCGGGUGGGUGAGGAAUCUCCCCUGACUGAUGUUGAACAAGAAGAGGACAAAAAGAAAAUGCUGCUAGGUGCUAAAGUUCUUGCAGGACAGGAGAAACCUACAAAGAAAGGGAUAUUUGGAAAGUCCCAGAAAAAGUAACAACAUUUGUGUUACAUGAACAUGUGACUAGACCAAAGUUUUAUGGAUCUCAGAAAUGAUGAUGAUGGAGAUGAAAUGAUUCUUGAAAUCUCUGUAGGACAGAGUUUUGAACAAAUUCUGCACAUUUUAUGAUUUGAAAGUCACCCUCAAAAUGCAUCGCGUAAUUCAAAGACCCAUGUUUCCGUGCUAUGACAUACAUCCUUGAUUAACUGCAGAUAAUCCCUACACUAUUAGAGAUUAUUUAUUAAUUAUUUUAAAAUACCAAACGUUGGAUCUUUAAAGAUCUCUUUUCCAUGUGUUGAUUUCAAAUGUUUGCAUUUGUGAAAUGCUGCAUAUACAUGUAUUUCUAUAAUGAUGGCAAAUGCUAUUCACUUCCCUUGAAUCCACCACAUAAAAUUAAGUUAAAUCCCUAUACUCAUGUACAUAUAUUUUUUUUCAUCUUUUCCCCAUGAGAAAAAUAUAAGAGCUACAGGGCUUUGAGAAACUUUAGCCUUGAUGGAUGAAAAUUCCACUCCUCACUUUUGUUAGAUCCCCCACAAAAUGGUUUGAUGCCAAUUAGAUAUAAGACUUUUAACAGACGAGAUGUGUACUUAUUUCAGUGUAUUAAUCGCAGCUGCAAGUACUGCAGUUCUAGGCAUAAUCAUGACUGCAUUGCAGUAUGCCAUGAUAAAUACAAUGCACAUACUUCAUAUCUUAACGCAAAUCAUAGAUUUUUGUUCCUGCUAGUGCAAUUAGUGCUCCUGGAGCUGAGAUAUAAUCCAUGCUAAAAGAAGUCCACCUACAGGAAACUAGUCAGACUCCCCUGGAAAGUAAAUCAAUUGUGAAAAGUCAAUACUAAAAUUGUCAAAAGGAAAUGUAUUAAAAUUUUUUUAGAAGGCAGAAUAUGAUGUCUUCUUAAGAGCAAAGCUAUGUUAUAUACAUAUGUAUGGUGCUUAUGAUGUUAGAAUUACAAUAUUUUGUUGAUUUUACAAUUUGCAGUCUGUGAUAUAUAUUGCUGUAGUAAUAUUUUAAAUGUUUUAGAAACUAUUAGUCAUUCUGCUACUCUAUAAAUGUACUGAACUAGCAAGACUUUUAAUUUACAGUUGCAUAACUGUUCUAGCUUUUAUAUAUGUCUGUCAUGAGAGAAAUGUUUGUAGUUCAAGAAAAAUUAACAAGUUCAUGGGUUCUCGAAUUUGGGGUAAAAAGUAUUGUCAUUUCUUAUGGUAGUUCAAUUUCCCCAGUUCAUGAAUACCUUUUUUAUGCUUGGAUACCACAUCAAUAAUGAAAAUUCCACCUUCUUGAAAAACGAGAGAUUUUACUUAUGUGUGGUGUAUGGACACAUACUUUGUUAAAGAAUGAUAUUCAUAUUUUAUUUAUUAUAGUUAUAUUCUUGUUUAUUGUAAUGCAUGUCUGCAAGUCAUUUUAUCAACAAUUUGUUUUACAAAGACAUCAUUAUCUUAUGACGAAAUAUCCUAGCACUUUAGGUAUUGUUUUGUUUUAUACUUGUACUUCAGUGUAAUGAUGAUGUAACUAUGUAAACUGUACAUGUACAAUGUAUUUUACAAGUUGUAAAGCCAAGAGGGUGCUCCAAGCUUUUACAGUACAGAAAUAAAUGUCUUUCACGUUC